AUGAGGGCUUCCAUCGAUCCUGAACAAGGCGACAGCCGUCUAGAGCAGUUCAAGGCGGCGUUGGAUGUCUGCAUCAAACAGCGCAAUAAUUUUCAUCAAGUCGUCACGGCGUUUUCGGUCAGAUACGAAGACGACGACACCGGAGCCAUUUCAGACGCUGCACAAUUCAAAGGGUUCGCGCAAGUAUUCGGUCUAGGCAAAGUGGAAGAAUGCGUCCUGAGCGCAAAUGAUCGCAUGCCAGGCUGGACGCUGAUGGGACGCCUCAUGGAACAUUUGAAGUCCGCAACUAAAGAUUUCUCUGAGGACACACGAGGCAGGCUAUUAGUGAUUCUCCAUUACGCCGGCCACGAGGAUGACGAUCCCAUACGCGGCCUGCUGCUGAAACCUGCUUCUACCUCAAAACCAGCCUUCAGAUUCGACAUAGUGGCAGACGUUAUUGAGCAAUUUUCAGUAGCGUCGAACAUCCCGGUCGAUGUUGUGAUGAUACUAGACUGCUGUUUCGCUGGCGCUGCAGCGCUCGACCCUUCCCUCCGCUACCCUCUCUCGAUCGGUACUUUCGAGCUGCUUGCGGCCGUCUCAGAGGACUAUACCGCCCCUAGUUCCUCAGAUGUCAUCGUCACGCGCCGCACACUUACUGCAAAGUUGGCAAGGGCAGCCGCAGAGGCGCGAGGACAGUUAGAGUCCGUCGACUUUGCGGAACUUCUCACCCGCUCGCACAAUCUAUCUCAUGCGAAGUUCCCAGUGCACAAACUCCUCAGCGGCUCCACUUCAAUUCGUCUGCGAUUCCCCAGGCACACAGAGUCCUCCCCAGCCUUCGGUCCUCAUCUCGAGCCGGCGCAUGAGCACAACACAUACAAAGUCAUCAUGUCCUGUCAUCUUCCAGAAGAGCCUGGUUCCACGGCGCUGGCAGAUUUUUUUGUGUGGAUCGAGAGUCUUGAUCAUACCCUCGGCAUCCGCGUGGACUCGAUGUACAAAACUCAGUCCACUGGACUCAUAAUCUCCGCGCCUUACUCAAUCUUCGUCACCCUUAAAACCCUCGUCGGCGCCAAACUGAUUUUCGGUGCAGGACAACUUACUUAA